UUCCUGUCGUCGCCGAAGACGUGCGUUCCAAAAUUUCCUCAGAGCCAAAAUUUCAAGAUUUCUGCGGAUUUUAUCACGAAAUUCCUAGAAAAACUAUCCACCGCGUGAUUUUGAUCAGGUGAUUGAUUCAGUAGUUAUUACUGAGCAAUAAAAGUUCAGUAAAAAUCCGGGAAAAAUGGAUCGAGGUGGAGGACGCGGCGGUCGUGGAGGAGGUCGAGGUGCCCUGAUAGAGGCCCUGAGGAAGAAGGCGAUGGCACAAGGUUCAGGGGAUUCAUCAGAGCCACUGUCUCCCCCAACUGUUGAGGCUGCAGUUCCAGUGUCAUCUCCAGUGGUGACAACACCUUCUCCAGAAGUUUAUCCCCCAAAUCCCUAUCCCCGACCCUCGCUUCCAACGAGAUCAAUUCCCCCAGUGUCCCAUCCACCAAUUUCAUGUCCUCGACCCUCUCUUCCAACGAGAUCGAUCCCUCAGGUUACUCAUCCCGCAGUAAAUCAGCCUCCACAGGUACCAAUAAGAUCAGUUCCUCCAGCUGCACAGAUUCCACAGCUUCCCACCCGGUCAAUUCCUCCAGUUGCACAGAUUCCACAGCUUCCCACCAGAUCAAUUCCUCCAGUUGCACAGAUUUCACAGCUUCCCACCAGGUCGAUUCCUCCAGUUGCACAGAUUCCACAGCUUCCCACCAGAUCAAUUCCUCCAGCUGCACAGAUUCCACAGCUUCCCACGAGGUCACCACUUAAAUCAGUAAUGACUGCGGGCCAUCCAUUUGCUCCAGGUGAGGCUCAGGCUCCCGUCAAGCCUCGUGGAAGGGUUAAUCUCUUGGAGUCAACUCUGAAACAGACUCCUGUACCACUUGCAGUUCAUGGGGAUAUACUUUCCGAUGUUCCAGCCCCAUUACCAGCACCACGAGUGGGUGCAGGUCGUGCCUCCCUAAUCAACAAGUUAACAACCCCCCAAACACCCCCAUCAAUCGCUUCAACAAAUCCACCGAAGGCAGAGCUCCUAAGGGCAGAACCCCCAAAAGUAUCUGGUGACAACCUGGGAGUCACUGGAAGUCUCGCAGGUCUGGCGAUUGGCGAUCACUCAGCAGGCUCUGGUAGUGAUCACAGUGCAACAAUCUCCAGGAUGGGUACCAGUGGAGAAAGCGUUGAUAUAAUGGCCAACUACCUCGGGCUCAAAAUAGAACCGAAGAAAGGUAUAUUCAGAUAUGAGACUCGUUUCGAGCCAGAGACUGACUCACCACGACUGAGAAAUGCUCUCCUAAAUCAACACCUCGAGUUCCUGGGAAAAUGCAAGACCUUCGAUGGAAUUCUGCUGUACAUCUCCAACCGAUUGCCCGACGACGUGACGACAUUACAAUCACUUCGUCACGACAACGUUACCGUUACCAUAACCCUGACCUUCCAGAAGCAGCAGAAGCCCUCAGAAUCCGUUCAAUUCUUCAAUAUCCUUCUUGGAAAAGUGAUGAAGUGCCUCAGCAUGGUUCGUAUCAAUCGUAACAAUUUUAAUCCACGCUGUGCGCACAAAGUCGAGCAGCAUAAGAUGGAGCUCUGGCCAGGAUAUAUCACAGCCAUCGAGGAGGUCGAGGGUGGAUUAAAAUUGAACAUCGAUGCCUCCCACAGGGUCAUGAGAACUGACACUGUUCGUGAUUAUAUGGGGGGACUUCUCAGACAGACACGUGACAAGGGAAAUUUCAGGGAUGCUGUUACAGCUGAACUCCUGGGGAUGACUGUCCUAACGAGGUACAAUAACCAGACCUAUAGAAUCGAUGACAUCCACUGGGACAAAUGCCCAGAGUUUACAUUCAACUGCAAGGGCGAGGAGAUAUCACUGGCAAGGUACUACAAGACUCACUGGAAUAUGGAAAUUCAGGAUAUGAAGCAGCCCCUGAUUUACCACAAAGCCAAAAAGAAGCUGCCCCAGGGGGGAACUCAGGAAGAGGACGUGCUGCUGAUUCCUGAAUUGUGUUACCUCACUGGCCUCACUGAUAAAAUCCGUAGCAACUUCAGAAUCAUGAAGGAUUUGGCAGCAAUAACUCAGGUGGUGCCUGAACAACGCCGUCAGGUAAUCAGAAAAUUUAUUCAGGAUGUGAAGAACACACCACUUGCUGUUGAAAUGCUGAAAUACUGGGGACUCGAGAUCGAGGAUGAUCUAACUAGGCUCAAGGGGAGAAUUCUCCCUCCUGAGGUCAUUCACUUUGGCAAUGGUACGACCUGCAAAGUUAAUGAGAAAGCUGACUGGGGUAGGGGCGUUACAAACAAUCCUCUUCUGAGAACUGAUGGCCUCAAGAAUUGGUUUCUCUGCUUCAUUGAGAAAGACCAGAGAAUAGCUGAGGAGUUUGUGAAGAUGUUGAAGCGAGUCGGUGGUACCAUGAAGAUGGAAAUUGGAAAUCCACAGAAAGUGGCAUUGAGAAAUGAUAGCACUCAGAACUAUGUACAGGAGAUCAGAAAGGCUAUCAAUCCUGAACUGGACAUGGUGGUGGCUAUUGUGCCAACUGUGAGACUUGACAGGUACUCGGCAAUAAAGAAAGUUUGCUGCGUCGAGUGCCCGAUAAGAUCGCAAGUUGUCGUCACGAAGACGAUAUCUGAUGAGAGAAAGAUCAAAGCUGUUGCUGAGAAAAUAGCAAUUCAAAUGAAUUGCAAGAUGGGAGGAGCACCAUGGGCUCUUGUCAUGCCCUUUGAGAAUGUCAUGGUCGUGGGAAUUGAUGUUUAUCAUGCACCAGCUGGACAGCCCAAGACUGGAAGUGUCACUGGAUUUGUGGCUAGUCUUGACAAGACCAUGACAUCGUGGCACUCGAGUAUUGGCAUGCAGGGACCUAAGCAGGAGAUCAUCGAUGUUCUCAAGACUUGCGCCAUGGGUUCACUCAAUGCUUACAAGAGGAAGCGAGGUACUUUUCCUGAUAGGAUUGUUGUUUACAGGGAUGGCGUUGGAGAUGGACAGCUGGGAUUUGUUGCUGAGUAUGAGAUUGGACAGCUCAAGGAUGCUUUUAAGCAAAUUGAUGAGAGUUACUCACCAAAACUCACGGUUAUUGUGGUCCAGAAAAGGAUUAAUACCAGGGUGAUGACUCUUAGGGGCAGAACUCUACAGAAUCCUGUACCUGGAACCAUUGUAGAUUCUGUUGUUACCAGAAAAUGCUGGUAUGAUUUCUUUCUUGUGCCUCAAACUGCCAUGCAGGGCACUGUCACACCAACCCACUAUGUUGUUCUGCUCGAUGAGGCCAGUUUUAAGACUGAUCAUAUUCAGAGAUUGUCUUAUAAGUUGUGUCAUCUUUACUAUAACUGGCCUGGAACUAUUAGAGUACCUGCACCCUGUCAGUAUGCACAUAAACUCGCUUAUCUCAUUGGUCAGAAUGUCCAGGCACGACCCAGUGAUUACCUGUCUGAAUGUCUCUAUUAUCUGUGAAGAAUUUGGGAGAUUGUUAUGAGUAUUUGAAGGUGCAGAGGGAAAAGUUUAUGCAAGAGUAAUGUGACUAAAUCGGUUAAUCGUUUUAAUUAACGAUUAAUGUCGGUAACUUCUGAUUCAUCAGGGAAAAUGGUAGAGGAUUUUUUUGCGAAUUAUUCUAUUUUCCACAAAAAAAAUCUCUUGACGUGUAUUUUGCAGAAUUGGAAAU